GGGCCGUGCGGAGUUCCGGCAGUGGGCGGGGCAUGGGCAGCGCGCGCGCAGCCGCAGACGGCAGCCCAAUGGAGCCCGAACCUGAACCCGCCGAUGUGGAGGUUCCUGCCGGGCGCGUGCUCAGUGCCCCGGAGCUCUUCGCCGCCCGCUCGCGGUCCCAGAAACUGCCCCAGCGCUCGCAUGGCCCCAAGGACUUCCUUCCCGACGGCUCAGCGGAGCAGGCUGAGCGGCUGCGCUUGUGCCGCGAGGAGCUUUGGCAACUGCUGGCGGAGGAGCGCGUGGAGCGCCUGGGCAGUUUGGUGGCCGCCGAGUGGAGACCGGAAGAGGGCUUCGUGGAGUUGAAGUCUCCUGCGGGUAAAUUCUGGCAGACCAUGGGCUUCUCAGAGCAGGGCCGGCAGCGGCUUCACCCGGAAGAGGCCUUGUAUCUGCUGGAGUGUGGCUCCAUCCAGCUCUUCCACCAAGACCUGCCGCUGUCUAUCCAAGAGGCCUACCAACUGCUGCUGACCGAGGACACCAGGACUUUCCUGCAGUACCAGGUCUUCAGCCACCUGAAGAGACUGGGCUAUGUGGUUCGACGAUUUCAACCAAGCUCUGUCCUGUCCCCUUACGAGAGGCGGCUGAACUUGGAUGGCAGUGCCCAGCACUUGAAGGAUCGGAAUGGCAAGAGGAAGAGGAGGAGCUCCAGCUCUCAGUCCAUUAAUAAGAAGCCCAAGGCCUUGGAGAACCCCCAGCAGGGGGUGGAUGGGACACCUGAGAGACUGGCAACCUCCAGCCCACCUCCCCGAAACAAGAACAGCCGGUGCCCAGAGGAGAAACCCCAGGAGUCAAGUCCCCUAAAGGGCCCAGGGGGCCCCUUUCAGCUUCUGGGGUCCCUGGAGCCCUACCCUGGUCUGGCCAGGGAGGGGGUGUGGUGCAGUCAGGAGAGUGGCAAAGUAGAGAAUGGAGUCAGGGGGGCUUGUAAGCCACGCUGGAACUUUGAGCAGAUCUCCUUCCCCAACAUGGCUUCAGACAGCCGCCACACCCUCCUCCUUGCCCCAGCCCCAGAGCUGCUCCCCGCCAACAUCAUUGGGCGGGAGACAGACGCUGAGUCCUGGUGCCAGAAGCUAAACCAGCGGAAGGAGAAGCUCUCCCGGCGGGAACGGGAGCAGCAGGCAGAGGCCCAGCACUUCCGGGAGGAUGUAAACUUGGACCCCGAGGUGCGGCGCUGCUCCAGCUGGCAGGAGUACAAGCAGCUGCUGCAGAAGCGGCACCUGCAGAAGACCCAGAGCCGCCCUCCACACCUGUGGGACCAGCCUAUCACCCCCUUGCUGAGCCCUGGUCAGGCAGACUCCCCAGCCACUGUCCUUCAGUAUAUCUCUGUGCUGCAGACAACACACCUUGCUGAUGGAGGUGCCCGGCUGCUGGAGAAGUCUGGGGGCUUGGAGAUUAGCUUUGAUGUUUACCAGGCUGACGCUGUGGCCACGUUCCGAAAGAAUAACCCUGGCAAGCCUUAUGUCCGGAUGUGUGUUAGUGGAUUUGAUGAGCCAGUCCCAGACCUCUGCACCCUCAAGCGGUUGUCCUACCAGAGUGGGGAUGUUCCUCUGAUCUUUGCCCUGGUGGAUCACGGAGACAUCUCCUUCUACAGCUUCAGGGACUUCACGCUGCCCAGGGAUCUGGAACACUGACCACGCAGCUCUGGCAGGGCCUGGGGUCUGCUCUGGGGGACCUGGACUGUCUACUCUCAGGGACUACCUCAGUUGCCUCCUACACCCAGACUCUGACCUGUCACUUUAGGGACUAGUCUGGGCCUUGGCCCUGGGUAUCUGAUGCUUGCAGGAGAGUGGAGCCUUGCCCUCGUACCUGGCUAUUGCAAUGCAUCCAAGCUUCCAAGAGAUUGCUGCCUUGCAGUGAUCCUCUGGGAACUCAGGAUUAGAUUUCAGAGACCCAGGGAGGUGGGGCAGAAGAGAGGACUCUGUGCCUUUAAAUGAGAGGGUGCCUGCUUAAUGUGAUAAAGCCAAAGCCAUUAAAAAUUAGACCCCUUUUCUGCUGUAA